AUGCAGCAGUCACGCGCAUGGUCGUCCCUUGCCCGGGGCUUAGCGCGCCGCCUCGCCGGAGGAGCGCCGUCAGCUCCGAUUCCUCCUCUCCACUCCGCUGGAAUCUCCACCGGGUCAGCCCGCCUGCUCGCCCGCCAGGACGGAGGUUUUGUUCAUGGUGGGUUCAUGGAUUCCAUUCGUAUUGGUGGUGUUGUGAUACCUAACCACAAGAGGGUGGAGUACGCACUGCAAUCCAUCCAUGGCAUUGGCCGGGCACGCGCCCGCCAGAUCCUUUCAGAGCUCAAUUUGGAGAACAAGGUCACCAAAGACCUCUCCAAGGAGGAGAUCCUCACCCUCCGUGAGGGCAUCGCAAAGUACAUGAUUGAAACAGACCUAAGACGGUUUAAGAGCGCGGCGGUCGAGAGAUUGGAAGGGAUUAGAUGCUACAGGGGGAUCCGGCACGCAGAUGCGCUACCGGUACGUGGCCAGAGAACAAAGACCAAUGGCAGGACUCGCAAGGAAAAGAGGGCUUGA